AUGAAUGAAGAGUCCCCACAGAAGAAACCAUUAAGUAUACCAGGUUACCACUACGAUAAGAAGAAAAAUCGCUAUUAUCUGAUAGACAAUGAACUGAAAAAGAAAUUGAAGGAGGAAGAAUUUGACAGACAAGUAAACAAUGCCAAGAGAAAAAAUCGCCAGACAAAUGUAGAAGAAAAAGAUAUGGUAAUAAAAGAAUUUCACAGGAUACAUGGAAUAAAAGAAAUGAAAAAAAAGAAAAAACACUCCAACGCGCAUAAGUCAAAUGUGAAACAUAACGACAAUCGGGGACAUAUAUCCUUAGACAAUAAUGCGUGUACCACAUUUAGUAAAGAAAAAAAUUUAGAACUAAUUAAUAAUGAGUUAAAUUCUUUAAAAAAAUGCAUUUCAAAAAAUCAAAAUAUUUUUAAUAUACUGAAGAGCAUCCGGAAUUUCCAUUUUCGAGAAAAUUCCAUUUUGAGUUUGCCGCCCAUUUUUAUUAAUUUCGCAUCGUACCAGUAUAUUCACGUGGAAGAUUUGUGCGACCUUCACUCGGAUAACGCUUCAUCCUUGAACAAUCAAAUUGAAGACGUGAAUGGUCAAAGCGACGAGAAUGACAGGAGCGACACGGAUGAGGAAGACGGCACGCGCUACGUGCACGGAGUGAAUGACCCAAGAACAGCCCCUUUUACAAACCCAAAAAGAAAUGACAGCAUGGAACAUACCAUCACCGACAUUCGAUUCUUCAACGUGUACCAGAAACUGAUAGAUGAAAAUAUGAUAAAAGGCAAGACCUAUUUGGACAUAAGCAAAAACGAACCAUUUUAUCCGUACCCAAAUUUCAGGAAACAAAGUGCAUAUACUAACUCACCUGAAGAGAAAACGAGAAGUUGCGAUAGUCGGAAGAAGAAAAAUUAUGCGAGCAAGAAAACACUACAAAUAAAAAAUGAAAGUCCUAUGUCCCCCAGAUGCGAUAGCACAGGGAGUGGUGGCCUACUUAUUCCAAAGUUGUUCGGACAGACAUACGAAAAGGUAAAUGCUCGGAGCAUACAAAAUUUUAAAUCGAACAUAAUUAUAAAUAGAUACAGGGCUAAUUUCUACUAUUUUUAUCACAUUCCCAGUGGAAGUUACGCUAACAACAGGCGUAGAAAUAAUAGCGGGAGUCCUUUCCGCAAUGUGAGUAGCACCUUUAAUGCUAACAACAACACUAGCAACAAUUUCAAUUACAGUUAUAGUCAUGUGCACAGAAAUAGGGACGAAUAUGACGACAUAAACGGAACAGUUGAUAUAGAUCAUGAUGUGCUCAGCCAACCGCGUUCUUCUACACAGAACCAUGCCUUAUACAAUGAGAUUUUUGAAGAAAGAAGUGGACGCAGGAUUCAUGAAAUUAUGCCCGUUCUUCAUUUAGAUGUAAAUACAAACGAAACCAGGAUUUUAAGAACAUGCAAACCAGCGGAAUCGUUUUUUCACCUAUUCAGUAAUCCACUUUAUGAAGACUUCAUUUUUAGUACCACCAAGGAAAACAACUGUUCCUUCAGCUUGGGAGCUAUUGAUAUAAGGAACUUUAUUCAGAAAGAUAACAAAUCUCCACUAGAAGAUAUGACUCAUGAAAACGUGUACUACAAUACAGACACAAAAUAUUUUUGCACGUAUUCUAAGGAGAACACUGAAUUGUUAUGCGUCUCGCCACAAAUAUUAUCUCAUUUUAGCAUUUUCAAUUCUGAAUAUAUUGCCUACUCGUCAUAUCCGACUAUGAAGGAUGAAAAAAGCUUGCUAUGUAUGCUUAACAUCUGUUCUUUUUUUCAGCGCGAUCCAAAAAUAGUUACAUACAGUUUUUCCAGCGAAAUUAAUUAUUUUAAGCUGUUUCCAUCAGUGCAAGAUUGCUGUUGCGCAAUUGAUAGUGGAAAUACAUGGGACACUGCUAGCCAUACCAUGAAUGACGGUUAUGCGUACCACCCUGAUAACAAAAUUGAUAAAAUUUUUAUUUGCGGGUCUAACCCCUGCUUCAGUUUUAACGCAAUAAAAAAUGAUGGAGUUCCCUAUUGCAUAUGGGAUAGCAAGAAAUUAAAAGUCCAUGACUUGUUAUCCAUGAACGAAGAUUUAUCAUAUUAUGUGCACAACAUUUUAAGCGGAAGUCAGCACCCAUUUAUCAAUUUAAUUGGCAAUUAUGGCCCCCUAAAAAAGGAACGAUCCUUCCACGCGAAAAAGGCGAAAGAAAAACGAAAAAGCGAAAUGGGAAAUGAUGAAGAUGGGCACAAAAAAGCGAACUUAAACGAAAGAAAAUCACCCAUGGAUUAUCAUUACCAAAAUAACGCACAGAAAAAGGGUUAUAAUAAAAGGAAACAUCCUAGUAAAGAUCCAAAUGAGGAAAAUAACGAUCUGCACGUAAGCAAACAUGAAACAACAAAAAAGCGACAUGACCAUUUUGCAGACAAAUCAAAGCAUCAUCUGAACAACCGCUCGAAUAAGAACAACCACGGUCAAUACGCAUCUGCUCCACUUAACUCAAAUGAAAAAAUGAGAAACAAACAUAGUAGUGCCACUCCCCAUAACUGCUACCCAUCAAAUGCGGCGAAAUACAAUGAUAAUAAGAAAAAAGGAAUAUGUUGUGAAAGUGUAAACAAAUCAAACAACAAUAUUUUUUUGUGUUGCAAUACAGAACAUAUAUAUUUAUGUGACUUGCGGUGUAAUUUUUUAAACACCAUUUCUAAACUGAAGCCGAAUGAAGGAUACGUAAAUAAAAUGUACUCAUUAAGCAACAGCUUUCAGUAUAUAUUAUCAAAAACUAAUAAUCAUAUAGGACUGUACGACAUGCGGUACGCCCCUUGUAAACAUAAUGAGACAAAAGGUAGUUUGGUAACCGCCUAUGAUAGAUUUAUAGAUAAUAGUAACCUGAGAAAACACCUAAACGAUUUUUACGUUAUAGACAAUGAACAGUUCCUAGUUUCUCUAGACACAUACACAAAUUCGGUUCAUAUAUAUGACAUUAUGAACACUAAAGACAGAAUCAUAAAUUUGGAUGGGAAUUCUGAUUAUUCGAUAUACUCUAACAUACACGCUUACAAUAAUUUGUCAAGGAUACCCUACAUAUAUUCUUCCCAUAAAUACGAUGAUGCUUAUUAUCAUUACUACAAGAAAAAAAACAGUGAAACGAAAGCAACGGAAAUUAAGCAUAUGAAUCAUUUUAGUCCAAUAAAAGCGUAUCCACAAAAGGACCUAUUUAUAGGGUUAAAUGUCCAAUCCAUUUUACCCCUUUUUUACGUUAAACAAAAGUAUACCAAAAAUAAUUUCAUUUCCAUAAAUGAAGUUAAUCAUUUUACCAAAAUUAAUGCGGAGUUUGUAUCAAUGGAUAAUGCAAAAAAUGAAAAUACUGAUAAUUGCUCCAAUCCCUUGUCCCUACGCACAAAUGACUUAAAAUUAGAAGAACGUGAUGAUAAAUCAAAAGAACAUCAGUCCACUGAUGACAAUCAUGAAGGUCUUGUGAACCAAAAUGGCAUUUACAGAACAGCUGUUUUUAAUAACAAGAGGAUUAAAAUUUAUCAAUACAAAACCUUUCCAAAAAAUUAUCUACAAAGCGUAUACGAAUUGUUGGGGAGUGAAUUAUCUGAACCGUAUAACGUUUUUUUACUUAAAACGAUUUUGAAGAACUAUAGCGAAAUUGCACUAAUGUGCUUAUGUGAUGAAGAGUGUAUGGGCACAGUAAUAAGCAAAAUUACGACAAAAUGUAAAAAUGAUGAACCAACGACAUUCGGAUAUAUAUCAUCCUGCGAAAUCAAUCAUAAAUACGAAAAUUUCCCAUUUUUAGGCACAUACCUAUUAAAUGAAAGUAUAAAAUUAAUGCAAGAUUUGUAUGGCAUAAAUGAGGUUCAACUGGAAGCAGAAGCAACGAACAAACCUACAUUACGUUUCUAUGAAAAAAACGGAUUCAUUAGAGUGAAAAGGAAACCCUAUUAUUACUUAAGUGGCGUUGACGCCUUCAAAUUAAGGAAAAGAAUAUAG